UUGAACACCAACCAAACCAUAUCUCCUAAACAUUCAAACUCUCAUCAUUCUAUACAAGUGUCUCUAAGAAACCCAAAACCCAAAACCCAACACUAAAAUGGCCACCACUCCUAGAAAGGUGUUGAUAACUGGCGUUAGCAAAGGAUUAGGAAGAGCUUUGGCGUUGGAGCUAGCCAACCGUGGGCAUACCAUUAUUGGCUGCUCACGCAAUCAAACUCAACUUGAUUCCCUUCAAUUGGAGCUUGCUAAGCUAUCUUCCACAAACCAUUUCCUCUUCAACCUUGACGUGAGAUCCAACACCAAAGUUGAAGAAUUUGCAAGAGCCAUUGUAGAAAAGGAAUUUGUUCCAAAUAUCAUUGUGAAUAAUGCAGCUUUGAUCAAUAGAAAUGGUAAAAUAUGGGAGGUGGAUGCACAAGAAUUUGAUAAUGUGAUUGAUACCAACGUGAAAGGAAUAGCCAAUGUUAUGCGUCAUUUCAUUCCUCUUAUGAUCUCUAAGAAGCAAGGGGUUAUCAUCAACAUGUCUUCUAUUUCGGGGAGAACUGCACAUGCACUGUAUUCCCCAUAUUGUGCAUCAAAAUGGGCGGUUGAAGGACUAAGCAAAGCGGUGGCAAAAGAAGUCCCAGCAGAGGGAGUGACAAUUGUGAGCUUAGAUCCGGGCAUCAUAUAUACUGAUAUGUUGGUCUCUUGUCUCGGUCAUUUUGCUCCACAAUAUCAAUCGCCUCAACAUUGGGCUUCAAAAGCAGCAACCAUGAUUCUUAAUCUUACUCCACUAGACAAUGGAGCAUCUCUCACCGUUGAAGAUCCAGGCACUUUGCCCAAUCUUGAAUAAUUUUCUCUAUAUUUAUAAAUUUAAUCUUUAAAAUAUUGUAAAAUUUUGAAGCGAAUAACGCUAGUGUGUAUGCAACAAUCAUGUGAUUUCCAUUUGUGUUAUUGCAAGUAUGUGUAUAUCAAAUUCCAUUUUUAUGA